CCCCCGCCUUGAACCCCAGUUCCCUUUUACCCACAGAGGUGGCGAGCAGGGCCCUGGGUCCUGCUGUGGGGUCACCUUAGGCUCUGUUUCCCUGCUGUGUGCCCCUGGGCCGGGCCCUGACCUCUCUGGGCCUCUGUCAUUUCCCUGUGAAAGCGAGGCGGGGCAUCGGUCUGCACUGCAGGGCGGGGCACUGUGCUUGCUGUGCUGCCAGGCCUCUCCCUCUCGCCUUCCUCCUCACACUCGCCGGCUGGAGGCGCCCUCAGUCCGGGCCCAGCCCAACACUCCCGCUGUGCGGAGGGGACAGGCUCUGAGCGCUGACAGCACGGCUGCGGCGAGCGCCAAACCAGACGCGCUAUUCUUCCGCGCACGUCUCCAGAUGUGGCUGCUGGGAUGGUGUGUGGCCGUCCCGGGGGACUGGCCUCUCUUCCUUCCCCGGUGCCCGCCGAGACACGCGGUGUCACAGGGCGGCAUGGCACGGGGCCUUUGAGGCUUGAGGCUCUGUGGCCCAUCCCUGGAGAAGCCAGUGCUAGCGCCAUGAAGGGCAUCCUUGUUGCUGCUGUCAUCGCCGCGCUCGCUGUGGCAGCUGUAGAAUCCACCAGCUGCCUGCAGUGUCAUUCAUGGAACAACUCCUGUGUUGACGCCGCUGUCUUUGAAUGUCCCUUGAGUGCCAACAACAGCUGUGUCAGCUCCACAGUCAACUCCUCUCUAGGGGCAGCCAUACGCUUAUACCAGGCCAUGUCCUGCUCCGCGGAGAACUGCAGCGAGGAGACAAACACAGUUAUGGCCUUUGCCGUCCACACAUCUGACAACGAAAGCUUCCAUUUUGCAAGCCAGUGCUGCCAAGGAGGGGGGUGCAACAGCACCAGCGAGGACCUGGACCCUCCACUGAGAAACGUUACCAGCAACAUAGAGUGCCCUGCUUGUUACGGACCCAACGAGACUGCCUGUGUGGAGCGCAUCCACAGAUGUUAUGAAGGAGAACGCUGUGUCUCUCUAGUUGCAGAAUUUACCAAUGGCACCGCGUCGCAGCGCCUGGCGCUGAAAGGCUGUUCGGACCUCAGUGACUCCGCCUGCCGCGCGCUGUCCGCUGGAAACACGACCCUCGGAGGCGUCAUCUUCCGGAAGGUCGAGUGUGCCGCCUCGCCCGCCACGUCGCCCACAACGUCGCCCACCACGUCGCCCGCCACGUCGCCCGCCUCCCUCGCCUCCCUCGCCUUCCUGGUGCUGGCUGGCCUGGCCCUGCUGGGCCUGCUGCUCUGAGCCCCGCGCAAGCGCCGGCCG